CACGUUGCAAUGAUGUUAGUCUCUUUCCUUCCCUCUCUCUCUCACUGUCUAUAUACCGCUACGUUGUCCAGAGUUGCGCUCACCGUAGAUUGUUCAGUAUCUUCUAUGACUCUAAACUAGUAACACGUAAGUUUGUAUUAAGCUUAUUUCCAUAUCUCAGUCUUAUAUUUUGUAACUUUUUGUCCGUGCACAACGUAUUAUUCAAACUUCGAAGAAGAGAGACAAGUGAUGCCAAAAUAGUUGCGAAUCAUGGAAGUUUCACGCAGUUGAGAAAGAAACCCACAGCUGAACAGUUGAAUAACAGAAGAAACCAAAAAGUCCAUGUCAACGGAAAAGAACGUCAUGGGUACCAUCGUCUGGGUCUCACUAUUAUUUCUUGUCAUCACGGUACAUGCGAACGUACAAAGUAAAGUAAAAUGUUCAGAUCACAUGAUGGAAGUCGAAAUCAUAGGGAUCACAUUGCAAAAUCUUAUAUACCUUCAACAGCUGAAAAAUUAUCCCGACGAAGCUUGUAAGCCAAAAUUCAGCAAUGGUAUAGCGACAUUUAAAUUGUCACUGAUGGAAAAGGAUAUGUCACAUUGCGGAAUCAUGAGAAUAACUAAUAAACUCACAGGUCAGAAAGUUUAUUAUCAUCGGAUAAUAGUGGAAAAGCCGUCCAAUUCUAGCAAGAUCACAUUUAUUGCUAAAUGCAGCAUCACGGAUGUUGUCGUUCAAAAGCUGAAACUCAUAACGAGAACAAAUCAUACAGUAGUAGCAAAGAGAAGCGUGUUGCCAGAAGAUUUUGUAGCCGAUGCAAAUACACCAGUGUUGGGAAUGCUGGAAGGUAAUGCAUCAGAGCCAAAGUUGUUGUUCAACGUCAGACAAGGGAAUAAAAUUAUUAAGGAUGAAUUAGUUGUUAAACCCGGUACACCAUUGCAAAUGGAAAUAUAUUUGAGUGAGGAAGCAGCUAAGGUUUAUGGACUGUUAGUAACUCAUAUGCAAGUUACUGACACGAAAAGCCAAGAAGAAACCAUCAUUUACAAUGGAUGUUCAGUUGACCCCUACCUCUUUGAAAAUUUCGAGACCGUAAACGGUCAUUUUUUGUCGGCCAAGUUUCGUGCUUUCAAGUUCCCGGAAAGUAGUUACGUACAGUUCCAUGGAACUGUUACUGUCUGCGUGGGAAAAUGUCGUGGGUUUGAGUGCAGUAAUGGUAAAAUUGGAUAUGGCAGAAGGAGGAGGACUAUAGAAUCAUCGAAUAAAAGUAAAAACGAAGUGUGGGAAAUGGCAAUGUCAGUAUUCCUAAGGGUAGAUUUCGAUCACACCCUUCUUUUUAACGAAGAAGUUUCUAAAUUCAUUCGGAAAGGAAAAACGCGUGAAAGGACUGUCAGAGCUGAAGAGAUUGGUAAGCAAUUUAAAUACAACACCAACAGCGUUAAAGCCAGCAGUUCCACAAUCUCACAAAUUAUCGGCUUUUUCCUGAUGCUUCUAUAUUUUUGUUGAAUUCUAUAAAGCUUACAUUAAUUGAAAUCAAAUGAUCGUAUUGCUAAAACAAAAGAACUUACUAGUAUAAUGUAUCGUAGGAUGUUUUUUUAUUGCUCUUUAUUUGGAGUAAGUGUAUUCAAUAUUUUACUAAUAUUG